AACAAUGUAUGUCCUGAACUGGUUUUUAUUUUCGUUGCCGACACUUACAGUGAUUUAUAAAUUCAGCGCAUGCGUUCUUUUCCUGUUCGUACGUUCAUUGGAAUGCCGCCGCUUAAUUAAGCUCGUUCAAAACUGGCGCCUUCAAUCGCCCCCUACUGGCAGCCCCGGCAACCGCGCCGACAGCCUCGCUACUUCCGCUAAAGGCUGAGCGAUGACGCUGGCAUCGCGCCGGCCGCGUCUCGCAAUCACAUAUGAUCAUAUGUUCGCAGGCCGCAGUAUUUCGGUCGGUCGAUCGUUCAAUCGAGCACCGGCUGUGCGAGUAUAGUGCAUGCACACUGUGGCUCGCGCUUUCUUUUUGUUGCACCUCCGGCCCGCGAGGCGGCUGCUUGUUUCUGCGGUGAGACAUCGGCAGCUGGCCCGCCGUGCGCGCCCGGAGCCCAUGGUGAACGUCGUUCUUCUUCCCAACCGGAGCGCGCGUGCAUCAUCAGCUGCCUGGUGAGGCGGGACUGCCUCGUCCGACCAUGACUCGUCCACGUUCCACCAAUACCGCCGCUGGUCGCGGCGGAGCCAGCGCAAAGACGACGACCAGAGCAGAAGCAGCAUCGGACGCCGCCGCUGUAAACACAACACCGUACAGUCGCCGCCGCCACUUCGCCGUGCACCGCGUUGCCGAUCAACCGCCGUCGUUCGCUCGUGCGCGCUCCGCAGUGACUGCCAAGCCGACGUUACGGACUACAUGUCGUCCUCCCCGUCGCUCGUCGCUCUGAGUGUGUGUGCCGCCUUCGACUGGGACACGUUUCCUCACCCGUUUUCCUCGGCCACAUCACCGUACAGCGGGAGCCGCUCGCUCGUGCUCGCGGCCCACCGCUCUCUGCGGUUCGCGUCGUCGUCGUCGUCCGUGGACAAUAUUAUGGCCGCCGUGCUCAAGCGACAACGUUCUCGGCGCCGGCUCGCCGCCCUGACGUUCCUCUCCAACAUAUCGCUCGACGGCACGCACCGAGACACCAAGCUGGGCAUCUUCAACCGCGCCGCCGGCACGCAGUCGUGCGACCUCGACGUCGACCGAGGAGGAGGUGGCAGCGCGACGUCGUCGUCGGACACGUACGAUCCCGCCGGCUCCGCGAGGGCCGAUGUCGAGGCAGGGGAAGAAGACGACGAACUGUGCAGCUCGCCGCCGCCGCCGUUGGCCAAGUACGGCGGCGUCGACUCGACGGCCAAGGCGAGCAGCGAGGAAAAACUGGCGUACUGCGGCGGACGCAGCAGCCCGCAGGAACGCGAUAGGGUGCACAGCUUCGCCUCGGAGACCCGCAUCCGACUGCCGUCGGUGAGCGGCAGUGGCGGCUCGACGAGCGGCCGGCGCCGGCCCCAACCAGCGAGCGGCGGCCGCCAGCAGCAGUUCGCCACCUCCCGGAACCAUUCCUCCUCCGGUUCCUCGCACCAGGUCCGGGGCAGCUGCGAGAGCCUGGGUACGUUGCCACGUGGCGUGGUGGCGCCCGUGCCGUCCAACCGCAGCCGCCAGACGUCCGGCAGCUUCUCGGACAGCUCGCACUCGUCUUUCGAGCAGAAGGUCAUCGCCAAGAGCAACAGCCGGGACCAACCCGUGCGAGACGAGAGGGUGUACAUGGUCAGCGCCAAGCGGGCUCCCGUAGUCGUCUUCUCGGCACUCUCCUACAACCGACGGAGUCUGCGCAGCAGCGCAAAGCCCGAGACAAAGGCAGACUCCUCGCGUCGACGUCACACGUCCGGAAACCGCCAGCUGCUGCCCCUCAACGAUGGAAGCGACGCGAUGGACAUGCUGUCGCUGCUUGGCAUUCAUCGACCGGAAGAAGGACAGUAUCUGUCCUUCGGUCCCUACCUGGUGUCUUCACGCCAAAACCACAUGUCGGCUGUUCAGUUUCGUUGGUCGAAAUCUCAUGACCCCGACGUCGGCCAUCACGGCCACUCUCAGUACGUGACUCGCUGCAUUUCUCAUGAUACGGGGACGUCGGCCACCACGCCUCCCAGUGCCAGCAGCUUGGAUAAAAGUUUUGAGUGGAACACCAAAGAUGACGUGAGCCUUCUUCCGUGUUGUGGUACACCUGUGCCAUACAGCCCAGACCUCCUGGACAACCCGGAGCUGAUUGCGGGGAAGCACAGUACCAUGCUCACCUUCCCUUCGUACAUUACUUCCAUUAUCGACUAUGUGAAGCCGUCAGACCUGAAGAAAGAGCUGAACGACAAGUUUCGCAGCAAGUUCCCACACAUCCAGCUCACCCUCAGUAAACUGAGAAGUCUGAAGCGUGAAAUGUGCAAAAUUGCUUGUGGAGAGUGCGGCAUUGACCUGUUGACAGUGGCCCAAGCUUAUGUUUUCUUUGAGAAACUCAUCCUUAAGCUGCUGAUUCACAAGCAAAAUCGCAAGUUGUGUGCCGGAGCAUGUCUGAUGCUGUCGGCCAAGCUUAACGACAUCAAAGGCAACGAAAUGCGCACCCUCAUUGAGAAACUCGAGUGUGGCUUCCGGCUGAAUCGAAAGGACCUGCUCGAUUUCGAGUUCGGCGUUCUGGUGGCCCUGGAGUUUUCCCUGCACCUGCCAACGUGGCAGAUAUACCCGCACUACCAGCGUCUUCUGUACGAGUCUUGAGACGAACUUACGACGGGGCACAACAGAAAGAAUGAACUGUAUGUCGGUGCCCGUCUUCAACCAGACCAGCAGGAGUGCCCGCCGUUCUUCACCAGAAGCUGUUGACAGCCUCAUGUGGUGCAGUGGUUCCUUUCAACUGCAACAGUGUGCGAAGCACCUAACUUAAUGCUAGCUUCCACGAAACACAGUGGAGAGGAACAAUCUGUGGCUCACUUGAGCAUGCUACCACACUCAGCACAAGGUGUUCUUAAGCUGUAGUUGUCUGCGGCUGUUGUCUGCUACUUGAUGAACAGUUGUAAGGUGCAGUGCAUUGAGCGAACAGAACUGUAAAUGAACUUGCAACUUUUGCUGCUGUCUGUGACCUCAUAGCAGCAACUGCCAAGUCGUCUGGAAUGUUUCCUGUUGCGUUGUUUGGUGUCGUCUGCAACGGUGCCUGCAGCGUCGUCUGCAACAUUGCCUAUGGUAUCUUCUGCAACGUUGCCUGGAAGGACAUCCGCAACACUUGCUCCCACUGUGCGCAUGUAUUUGCGUGCGUCUUCUGCCCUGGUGUACGCUUGGUACCAGAAAUGCAAGUCGGGUGUACCACACAAAACGGGUGUGCCGUAGCGUGCAUGUUCUUUUUUCAACUUGGCUUCAUUGCCAAGUGCUCUGCAGGGCCACACUAAUAACUGCAUACAUAUUCAGCUGAUGUAUCACCAGCUGGGCUCUUCCAAGCUGACCUGUUGCAGUCUGUAUUUGUUCCUGGUCAGCUGUAAAGAAGAAAAAAAAAAGUUUUCCAUUUUCUGUAGUCUAAACAUACCAUUUUUGUGGUAAACUAUGUGCUGUGGAUUGUUUGUAAUAUUUGCUAGAGAGGGUGCAAAGAAACACCAGCGUCUCUCAUUUUCUUUUUUUUCAUUUUCAGUUUUUGUUUUGGAAGAGUGAGCGCAUGAGUUUAUGGAGUGUUCUUAGAAUGGCAAAGCAAUGUUGUCAUUAACAGUGAGUACUAACCUUAACCAAACGUUUAUAAUUGGUUUGCUGGGGAAGCAGUGUUACAUAUGCUACAUUCUUGUGAUAAUUUUUGCAAUGAAAACCCAUGGUAUGUUCUACCACUAGUCGGGCUUUAGGGUAUUUCAGUUAAGUUGACCAUGCUGAUUAUGGCGAUAUAUCUGCCCACCAAAAUAGACUGAAAUCGCAAGAAAAUUGGGAGACAUACAAGUUAAAUACCUGCUAGGACAGAGUUGUAAACAUUGUGAAGAGUAACAUUUGUUUAGGCUUCUUGAAGUGUACAUUUUAAGGCUUCCUUUGAAAAAUGCAAGAAUACUUGCUAAACGCAUCAUUACUAGCUGAAAUCCUCAUUUAGGCAUUGAGAACUCAUUGAGAGCAAAAUGGGCGUUUAAUUAUAAUGUACAGAUCUCGUCGAGAAAAAUGUUCUAAAGGCUUAUAUUACUUUCAAGUCAUGGUCAAACUUACGCUGUGUUGAAAGAUUUUACAUAUAUACAAAAGUUAAAGAGAAAAGAUAAAAUCAAACACAUAAUUCAGGUAUGGUUGUGGCUUCAUGCCUGACAUCUUGUUUGCGAGGUGAACGGUUGUGAUGGUGUCUUAGUCAUGUUUCUUUGGUGCAUCAAAGAGAUCUGCCGAAAGCAAAUAGUACCUUUUUUUUUUUACAUCUUUUUUACCUUUGUUACUUUGUUACUGCAGCCUUUAUUUAUUUUAGAAGCAACGGUGCUUAUUUUGCUGUUUUGGUCUUUGAUACCACAUUCUCAUCUCUAAUGCGGUUUUAGGCAUGGAUUUGGGUGACAUAUACUGAAAAAAAUAAGAAAAAAAACUUGAGCUAUGCAUUAGUAUCCAGUGAAAAAAACUUUUGUGUUAUUGUAUCUCUUAGUGGUGGUUCUAUUCUUUCUGUAAUGGUGAUGUGAAUCAGCUUUGUUUGCAAUGUAAGAUCAUAUACUUACUAAAAAUUGGUCACCUAUCAAUCUGUACCUAUAUUCAUUUACGUUCAUGUACUACUGUAUUCAUGCUAUCGCUUACCAGCAUUAAAAGUAGCCUGUCAGAGCAGAUUUCGAUAAGGGAAGGAAAAGUGUAUUGGUGUAUGGCACUGUUAAACAAGCCUGGUGUCAUUCGUAGUCUCUUUACAAUUUUUCUGGCAACAUUAAAGUUUGGUGUGAACACGCACGGAUGACGUCAAGCUUAACCAGGAACAACAUGGUACGACACAGUGUCCAGCAUGACUUUGCAUUAUAAUCAUUAUAAUGGCACAUGAGAUGAGCAUGAAAGAUGGCUGCUUCGUUUGAUGGGGAACCUAUCAAACCAGUCAUUAACUUGUUGGCUGCAGCUGUUAGUGUGUCAAGCUGUAAGUCAAAUCAGAUGUUGAAAGAAUGAAAAAUGCAAAGAAUUGUCAUGAGACAUGGCCCCUGUUUUUUUUUGUUUUGUUUUUUAAGGCUUCUCCUGUACAAGCGAGAUAGAAUUAAGUAUAAAGAGGAAAAAUCAAAUUAAGGUGUGGAGAUCUGGUUCCACUUUGGCCUGUGUGGGCAAUACUGGUUUAAGUUACUUGCAGAUUCCAAGCUUCGGAGCUACUACUAUAUCGUCGUGUUUAUCCUGUUCUGACACUUAUCUAGUGGCAGCCUUUGCAGAUCGCCUCAUGGAAGUCUCAUGUUUCUCUGUUCUUUCAUGCAAGCCUUUUUUUUUUCUUCUUUCACAUAUAAGUUGGUUCAGCGGUUAAAUCAUAGCAACAACCUGCUCAUUACUUCUUCAUCGACAACAGCAAAAGGCAUAUCUUUUCUUUUCCUCUCGUUUAUUGUCGUGACUGUCAACAUUUGCAGACAAACUGCGUUGAACAGUAUUUCAUUGUAUGCGUUAAAUAAUGAUAAUAGUCUAUGCGAAGAUUGUGAAAGUAAUGGAAUAGUAAUGUACAAAAAAGGUGCUUGAAAGAAACAGCUUGUACAUAAGAAGGUCAGUACGAUAUAGAAAUGCUAGCAAGUACUUGUUGAUGGAUGUGAAGCUGGUAGCUGUGAUUUCAUUUUUUUUUUCUUUAGAUGUUUCAUUUGCAUCAUAUUUCAUUCUUUCAUUUUGUGCAUGCAUCUUCUUAGCCAUCUACUUGCCCAAACUAUGUUGUGUUCAUGUCAUUGUUCUCACGUUCAGGCAUGGUGUGUGUUGAAUUUUUAUGCAUUGAUGUUUUGUUAGAAUAUCUUUCGUUGAGUUAGCCUUUAUUCUUCUCUUCUUUUUGAGAACACCACGACUGUUCCUUAAUGUCAUGCUUUUUUUAUCUAUCACUUAUGUUUAAAAUCCAUGAUCAUUACCACCACCAUAACUAAUGCUAUAGCAAGCACAGAAGAACGUUGUUGGUACAUUACUGGUUCAUACGACUUUUCUGUUUACACACUUGCUCAACAAAAUUUUGAAAAUGCUUAAUUUGGAUUUCGUGGUUUUCAUUUUUCUUUUACGUAUCAAAUUGUACCAUCAUGAAUCCAUAAGCCCUCCAUUGUGCAUCUAAAAAGCAGGCAUAAUGUAUGAACCAGGAAUGCAUCAGUGAAAUGAUAUUGCACAUGACUUUAAUUAAGCUGAUUCCUUCACAGAAUCUAAAGCCAAUUAUUCUGGUAGCUGCAUGUACUGCCUUACGUUAUGCAGCUGAUCUCGUGCAAAAGUGAUUCCAUAAUGUGGUAAUUGUGGAACUGAAUGCUUCUGGCAGGCAAUCCAGUCAUUGAAUCGCUUAUUUGGUUGAAGAAUUUCUGCACGUGCUAUGGCGUUUUGUUAAGGCACUUUGACAGUGCCUGGAACAUUGCACAUACUUAACUGUACAGCCAGCCACAAAAGAUUAUGGGACAGUCCAUGACAAAUGUGAAUUUCUGCUCUGUUGAGGUGUGGCCCUUCUAAUUUAACAGACCACUGUGUGCGCUGCAAAGAGUAUUACCAAUUGAAGCUUUGAAUUCUAGGCUGCGCCUCUAGGCUUCACGGGAAUAAAACUUUUUCGCUAUUACCGUGUCCCGUAAACUUUUGUGGCUGACUGUAAUUCACGUGAACCUGCACAAUGUGAUGUACUCUAACAAGCAAGCAUACAUCAAAUGUGUCAUCUCAGCAGGAGCAGCAGGACAUUGUUUGAUUUCAGGACUUACAGUAGUUGCACUGUAUUAUGGUGGCAGGAUGUCAUAAUUAUCAUGAUCAGUUGACCAAGACUGUGUUGUACUUUUUUUUUAUACCUUGUCAUUAAUAAGCAAUGUAGUGUACUUAAAUUGUUUAGAAUUUACCAAGGGUAGGUGGUUAAAGUGUCCACUUUCUAUUUAUUUGUGCUGCACAAUUUCAGUGCAUUCGUACUAAUAUGCAAUUAUGUGCUCUUUCUCAUAAAGGUCUUGCAUGUUAUGCAAAUGAUGUCAACGUGAUUGCUUUGCAUGCGCACCCAAUGUCUGCGGCAAGUUCAGGGUGCACGGGAUAGUCCCAUUUUUCGUUGUAGUAUUCAUAUGCAAUGUUGAGUACACGAAAUUUGAUUGUAGUGCACCAGUUUCAGUUCUAUUCAGCAAGUCUGGCUUUUUAAAUUUGAGGUAUUAUUUGAUUGAAUCUAUGCUGCGAGCCUUGCGAGAGACAACCACGAAUUUGUUUUUAAGAAAUGUUCACUCCUGUUGUGUGUGAAUUCAAAUCUGACAUGCUAAUGUGUGACAAGUAGUUUUUCCGUUGGACAUUUGGUCUAAUUGGACAGUUUAAUGCGAGGCAUUUGCCUUUAGCCUAUGCAACAUCUUGGAAGCUAUUUGAAUGUUCCCUUUCAUAUUGCGCAAGAGUGCAUAUGUGUUGCGUGCGUGAUGAUCAGCAAGUAUGUUUUUCUUUACAUUGUCACCUUCACCACCUACUCUUAUUCAGUCAAACCUCAAUUAUAAGGAAUGCAGUCAAACCUCGAUAUAACAAAUCUUGAUUUAAUGAAAUUCGCGAUGUAACGAACUAUUUUUAUUUCCCCAUAUUAGUUCUAUUGAAUUAAUGAAACCUCGAUAUAACGAAAUUCUCGAUAUAACCAAGUUUUCCGCUGCAAGUACAACUUCGUUAUAUCGAGGUUUGACUGUACAGAUAUAACGAAUGUAUAAUGAAUUAGGUAGCUAAACUAAACAAUUUAUCUAAGUUCUUGCAAGCAGUGCAAGAGAAACAGCUUUACAAGUCGCUUGAAAUUUUGACAUUCAGUAGAACCUUUGGAAUAGUUGGUUGACGUAAUUUUUCCUCAGUUCGCCAGCUGUACUAAUUAUUUGUUGCUUCUGUACCUGGGAGUUCCUACUGUCAUCUAGGCACUGCCACUUGCGAUUUCUUCAUUGUUUAUACAAAUUGAUGAGUGUCGAGAGGAAAGGGAUUCUAGAGAAGGGUAAUGUGGUGCUUAAUUUUUCUAAACAUCGUCGACGGGAAAACAUCUUCCAAGCCUCGCACUGUCUGUCAAGUUGCUCAGCAUGCAACAGUUGCGUUUGAACUUGGAACGACACAGGCAUGCCUUCUCUGUGUAGCACGUGUUCAGUAAAAUGUAUUGAAAAAUUGUAUUUAGAUGCCCUAAAGUGUUUGACAUAUAGCUGUAUGUUUGCCAUCACUACAGAAAGCACCCAGUGAUUGACAGUCACACAAAUCUCCAAAGCUAGCUAGCAUCAAACAAACAUAAGAGUCUGUGCUUUCUACUACUAAGUCUUUUGCAAUUGUAACGUGCUUCUCCUGGUUUUGUAGCUUGCAGGAUAGUUUAGCAGCUAAUGACCGACAAGCAGUGUCAACGAGCAUUGAGAUUUUCAACAACGCUGAAAUGCUACAAUUAUAGCGAUAGUUGACUAGCAGUGCCUCACUGCUGCAAGAGUGGUGGAAGCUUUGCAUUUAGUCACUGGCAAUGAUGUGCAGUUGCAAAGAGAAGUGAUGUUCAUCUGAGAGUGCUUAUCUUAUCUGAGAUGCUAAUGAUAUUGAUGCUAAUUAAAUCCAGCCUGUGGAACGCUCACCUCUCUACUCUCUCUGUAGCACAAAAUGCUUGCUUAUCUGCCGUGUCCAUUUACAGCAGACAAAUAAGCGUGGUAGGCAUGCGUCUCUAUUUCCUGUCUUAAAGCACCAUCAUGCCCUUCUAGCCACAUGUCACUUGUGCCCAAUGCAGAUUAAACUGUGCCCCAAGCCUUAGGAACUGCACCGUUGUCACAGUGCUUUGAAAUUAGCAGCGUUUACUGUUCUAAAGCUCAUCACUUUGCUUGCAUUGUGAAACUGUGCUCGCAGUCCGUUACUGCCGCCUCAAGUAUGAACUUGUCAUCUGCAGCCGUUACAUAAGCAUGUGUGCAUGUGUGGACGCUUUGGUUGAUCGAGAGUUGGCGCGUGAUAAACAUUGUUGAGAGAAUGUGUUUGCAGAAUGUGCAUUUUUGGGGUGAUCAUCCCAAGCGUUGUAUUUAAACAGUACCUGUAAAUGUCGUCAGCUGCUUUUAUCAGCUGUCUCUCCUUCUUUUGUGUGUAAUACAGUCCACUUUUUGUUUGCA